UAUGUAUGUAUGUAUGUAUAUAUAAUAUAGUAUGUCAAUAUAAAUUAUCCAUCAAUUAUAACGCUAUAUAAACUAGCCAAGAAAAUGAAAACUGCUUUGAUGGUGGCUGAAAAACCUUCUUUGGCAGCAUCCCUCGCUAAUAUAUUGAGCAAUGGACGGUGUAGUACUAGAAAAGGACUAAACGGAUCCUGUUCCAUCCAUGAAUGGAUAGGUCAAUUUAAAUCCGAAACAGUAAAUUUUAAAAUGACCUCUGUAUGUGGACAUGUUAUGACAUUGGAUUUUAUUGGAAAGUACAACAACUGGGAUAAAGUAGAUCCGGCAGAAUUGUUUUCAUGUUUAACUGAGAAAAAGGAAGCUGUACCAAAACUAAAAAUACCAUAUUUUUUAGCCAAAGAAGGAAUACAUUGUGAUUAUUUAGUAUUAUGGCUAGAUUGUGACAAGGAAGGUGAAAAUAUUUGUUUUGAAGUCAUAAAUGCAGUUCAACAAGGAAUGCACAGGAAAUUACAUAUAAAUGAUAUAUGGCGAGCACGAUUUUCUGCUAUUACAGAGAAAGAUAUAAAAUUUGCUUUAGUUAAUCUGGUAAAACCCAAUGAAAAUGAGGCCAAGAGCGUUGAUGCACGUCAGGAAUUAGAUUUGCGAAUAGGCUGUGCAUUUACAAGAUACCAAACUAAAUUUUUCAAGUAUGGCAAAUAUGGAGAUUUAGAUGUCUCUCUUAUUUCUUAUGGUCCAUGCCAAACACCAACAUUAGGAUUUUGUGUACAGAGACAUGAUGAGAUUCAAACUUUCAAGCCAGAUCCAUACUGGGUACUACAAGUAACUAUCAAGUCUUCCGAUGGUCAAGACAUUGUGUUAAGUUGGAACCGUGUACGAUCCUUUGAUAAAGAAGUUGCUAAUAUGUUUUUAAGUCAUAUUAAAGAGCACAAUCAUGCAACUGUAGUGAGUGUACAAAGCAUGGAAAAAUCCAAAUCGCGACCAAUAGCAUUAAAUACAGUAGAGUUGAUGCGAAUCGCAAGUUCAGGAUUGGGAAUGGGUCCGCAACAUGCUAUGCAAAUUGCAGAAAGACUUUAUACCCAAGGCUAUAUAAGUUACCCUCGAACGGAAACAACAUCGUAUCCUGAAAAUUUUGAUUUGCUUUCAACACUGAAACAACAGCAGAAUAGUUCAGAAUGGGGUGAGGAAGUUCGCAAGAUAAUAGCAACUGGUAUUAAUAGACCAAAAAAAGGCCAUGACGCAGGUGAUCAUCCACCUAUAACUCCUAUGAAAAAUGCAACUAGAAAUGAACUCGAUGGUGAUUCAUGGAGAUUAUAUGAUUACAUAACACGACAUUUUAUUGCUACGCUGGCGCGGGAUUGUAAAUACUUGAGCACUACAGUAAAAUUUGAAAUAGGCACGGAAGUAUUUACAACUACUGGCCACAGCCUGCUGAAUCCUGGUUAUACGAGUAUUCUUACUUGGCAAGCACUUGGCAGUAAUGAUACCUUACCAAAAUUUAUGUCCGAUGAGAAAGUAAACAUACAAGAGGCAAAAUUAAUCGAAUGUUAUACGCAACCACCGGAUUAUUUAACCGAGGCAGAAUUAAUAUCUCUCAUGGAAAAACACGGCAUUGGAACAGAUGCUUCGAUUCCUGUACAUAUAAAUAACAUUUGUAUUAGAAAUUAUGUUACUGUUGCAGCAGGCAGAAAAUUAAUACCCACUUCUCUCGGUAUUGUUUUGGUUCAUGGAUAUCAAAAGGUAUUUUUGUUUCUCAAUUUUAUAAUGCGACACAGAUUUUUGUCUAAAAAACACUUGGAU